AUGGUGGAGGGGGGUGUUACUGGUGCGCGUAGAACAGAACUCAUGGAAUUCUGGCGGGCAAUAUGGAGAACGCCUUAUAUUAUGCGCCUUGCCUUAUCAGCUGGAAUUGGAGGGCUUCAGUUUGGCUAUGAUAAUAGUGUUAUUUCUGGUGCCUUGCACUACAGCCGGGAUGAUUUUGAAUCUGUUAAAAACAACACAUGGCUGCGAGAAACUAUUGUUAGCAUGGCAGUAGCAGGAGCUGCGAUUGGUGCUGCAUUUGGUGGUUGGCUCAAUGACAAGUGUGGUCGAAAGAAAUCAAUUCUUUUAGCUGAUGUGCUGUUCGUUGCAGGUGCCAUACUUAUGGCCUCUGCUCCUGCUCCCUGGAUGAUCAUUCUUGAAAGAAUAUUUGUGGGAUUGGGAGUUGGAAUAGCAUCCAUGACACAACCCCUCUAUAUUUCGGAAGCUUCUCCUGCUAGAGUUAGAGGUGCAUUGGUUAGCACCAACGGCAUGCUGAUUACCGGAGGAGCUUUUCUGUCUUACGUGAUCAACUAUGCAUUCACCAAGAUACGCGGGGCAUGGCGUUGGAUGCUUGGAGUAGCAGGUUUACCGCCUCUGAUCCAAUUUCUUUUGAUGCUUUGGCUUCCUGAGUCUCCUAGAUGGCUUUAUGGGGAGGAUUGGAACAAGAAAAUGGAGCUGAUCAUCAAGGUUAGAAAGAAAAUUAAACAGCAAAAGAAAGAAAGAGAUUGCCGCAACGGAAAGCUUCAGCAACUGAAGCUUUUUCCAGAAUGA